CUUUCCCCGGUCACUGCGCCGCUGACACUGACAGCUCCUCCUCACUCACUAGCUCUUGUUGCUCUUUCAACAUUUUUGCUCUCUGACAUUUUCACCGGAUCCCUCAUACACUCCAGGUCACAAGCGCUGGGACCAAGCAGCAUAUCCACAUCCGUCCCCUGGUCACAGAAGAGAUCUAAGAGAAGAAAGUCAUACAGAUAUGGAACGACAUGAGACUGCUGUUCACAUUUUAACCAAGAUGUCACUGAAAGUCCAGACGAGCAACAUUACCAACAAAAAUGACCCCAAAUCUAUCAACUCACGCGUGUUUAUUGGCAACCUGAACACAGCGGUGGUGAAAAAGAGCGACGUAGAGACGAUCUUCUCCAAAUAUGGCAGAGUUUUGGGCUGCUCGGUUCACAAAGGCUACGCCUUCAUUCAAUACGCCAAUGAGAGACACGCUCGUGGAGCAGUCAUUGGAGAAAAUGGACGUGUGCUUGCUGGACAGACCCUCGAUAUUAACAUGGCAGGUGAACCCAAACCCAACAGGCCUAAAGGACUAAAGAGGACCGCAGCAACAUUAUACAGUGGUUAUGAUUUUGACUAUGAUUACUACAGAGAUGACUUCUAUGACAGACUGUUUGAGUACCGAGGCAGAGUUUCACCAGUGCCCAGAGCAGUUCCAGUAAAGCGCCCCCGUGUGGCAGUGCCUGUUGUCCGCAGGGUGAAGUCAUUACCUGUCAAGCUCCUGACCAGAUCCACUCUCCUUCCCAACAGCUCUGUCAAACACAAGUUGAAAUCUACAGAGCUGCAAGCUAUCAAAUCAGAACUGACGCAGAUCAAGUCCAACAUCGACGCGCUGCUGGGACGUCUUGACCAGAUCACAGAGGACAAAUACUGUGCCGCAGAGUUGCAGAAGGCAGAUGAAGUGAAGAGCGAACUGUCCCAGGACGAGUCAGGCUCCGAGUCAGAGGACCUGCAGCACAGUGAUGUGGAGGAGAGCGAGGACCACACACACGAGGAGUGUGACGAGGACAUGGAAAACAAUCACAUAUCUGAAAUGGAUUCCAUUCUUCAAUAAAAGGCAAGAACUCAA